AAAAUAAUCGCAUUCUCACUUCCAAGGUUUCCUACAUACAUUCAACUAAACUUAUUCACCCUUCAUUUCAUCAUCGCCUCCUCCACACAUAUACAUAAAUACGCUCACUUGCAUACACCCCAUGUAUAAAUCUCCAUGCUCUUGGGUAUGAUAGGUUAAGAGGAAACACCCAACAUUCCACACCAGCCAUCAUGGCCCUAUCAAGAUCAGCUAGUGGUCCUGGUGGCCUGUCCAUCAAUACAUCUUCAGCCAAUCUUUUUGGUUCCGCCAGCAGCCAGCCUUCCGCACCCGGGGGUCUAUUCGCGAAUACAUCGACUACUCCCAAGCCGUCUGGAUUAUUUGGUAACGCUGCGUCCUCCAUGGCUACCACCUCGCAAUCACAGCAGUCCGGUGGUCUCCUCGGCUCGACCUCCACCGCAACAGCGCAGCCGCAACAAACUGGAGGCCUCUUCGGCAACCAACAGCCCGCCCAGGCGCAAACACCACAAAUACAAACGCAGAACCAAAGCACUGGGGGGCUCUUCGGUGGUAACAUGGCUAGCCAAACCGCGUCUACAGGCACUGGGGCUUCUGGGGGGUUGUUCAGCAGCUCCCUGAAACCCUCCCAACCAACAACCAACAAUACUGGCUCGACUAUGUUUGGCCAGCAAGCCCAACAGAAGCCCAGCCUGUUUGGCAGCGCUCUCGGCCAAUCUACUCAACCACAACCGAAUCCUCUCGGACAAUCACAGCCGCAGCAGUCUAGCAUCGGCUUAGGUGGCUCACUCGGCCUCGGCCUGACGAUGGGACAAGCAGCAGCUCAACAGACGGUACCCGGUGUACGUAUCGACGUGAGCAAUUUGAAGGGUACUACACGGUUCAACGAUCUUCAGGAGGACUUACAAAAGAAAAUCGAGAGCGUUGAUAUGUUCAUCCAGCAGCAAAUGAGAAAUAAGGAGCAAGUCGAUUCUUUCAUCCCUGGCCAUAAGGAGAUGCUUGAGAGUAUCCCCAGCGAUGUUGGCUUUGUCGCCAAGAAAUAUGAUAGUGCACACAAUGCGCUUGCCUCUGCUGCCCAGGCCAUUGAAGCAGCCCGCGGUCUAGUUGCACAGGAUGUAGAUCACGCGCGUCUUAGCUUUCGAGCCAUUGACAAUUUAAAACUACCCGAGCAAUACCAUACAGCUGGUAUAUGGUCACCCAGACAACAACCGGCGGGGACAGCCAACACGGAAGCGGAUGGUCAGGAUCUUGUUAGCUUCUUUUCUAAGGCCGCAGACGAGAUGGAGGAGCAGGUGAAGAGAUAUAACAGCAACAUGUCAGAGAUCGAAACACAUAUGCAUGGCGUUUCCGACGGUCUCGUGGAGCAAUUACAAAAGAUGAUGGCGAACAAAAAUGGCACAUCGAUCGGUCCCAACGAAAGGGCCCAGGAGCUUAGCGCUGUGCUUAGGGAAUUGCAGCAGGGUAUCCUAAAGGUAGCCAGCGAUGUAGCCAGCGCGAGAGAAGACAUGACCCAGCUGCAGCUGGGUAAUUUUAUUAAUAACGAUGGCGAUCGUAACGGCAUGUUCUAGGCAUAGUAGGGAGCAUUGAUGUAGAUACCCCAAUAAAAAUUUGGUACGUAGCCUCGUACCCGGUGGGGAGCACUGUUAGACGCUAUGGCUUCGCGAGCGCUCUCGAAAAGAAUCUUACUAUAUGAUGUCUAGCACGUAGUUAUCAAUCCUACGGAAAAUGCGUCUAUAGAUAUAGCUAGGAGAUAAUAGAUGAGCAUUACUCUCGAGA